AUGAGCAGAUCUAUUUUAGGACUCUUCCGUUGGCUGGGUCUCUUUGUUUAUCUUUACUUCAGUCCCACUGUCUUGAGAAGUCGGAAAACUCCUGAUACUGAGUUAAGCAUUGAGAGGGAAAUACACCUUACUGAGGUUGUUUGUAUCAUUACUGUGACUUUCCCUCGCUGGGGUGGCAACAGACGGGGGCAAUUCAUCCAGGCCCGUGGAAGGCUGCCUUCAUCUCUCACAAGUUUCAUACCCUGUCUCCAUCAUUCAUAUACUGAUUCGGUGCCCCUUCUGCACUCUUCAUUUGUCCUUUCUUCACAAACACCCUGUGGGAUGGGCUACUUAGACCCAAUUAUACCCAUUUAA